AUGGCCUCAGAAACAUUUGUACAACCUGCUAUUCGACACUUUGAUGGUCACUAUGAUCAUUGGAGCAUGCUAAUGGAGAAUUUUCUCAAGUCCAAGGAGUAUUGGGAUGUUGUUUCUUCAGGAGUUGCCGAACCUGAUGAAGAAGCUGUGUUAACGGUAGUGCAAAGAACGGCUUUGGAUGCAUUAAAAUUGAAGGAUCUCAAGGCCAAAAACUAUCUUUUCCAAGCAAUUGACAGAUCCAUUUUGGAGACAAUUCUUUGCAAGGAUACCACCAAGGAAAUAUGGGAUUCCAUGAAGAAAAAGUAUCAAGGCUCAGCAAGAGCAAAGAGGCAGCAGCUUCAAACGCUUCGUUCGGAGUUUGAAAUGCUACGAAUGAAGUCGGGAGAGACAAUCACAGAUUUCUUGUCUCGGACAAUGUCAAUAGUUAAUAAGAUGCGGAUUCAUGGCAACAAGAUGGAGGAUGUCAUCAUCGUUGAAAAGAUUCUUCGAUCUUUGACACCAAAGUUCAACUUUAUUGUUUGUUCCAUAGAAGAAGCCAAGGACAUUGAAGAACUUUCCAUUGAUGAGUUGCAAGGAUCCUUGUUAGUUCAUGAACAAAAACUCCUACAACAAGAGAUGGAAGAGCAAGCUUUGAAGGUUUCAACUGGAAAUCAUUCUUCAUCAGCAGCAUGGGUGAACAAAGGAAGAGGCAGAGGAAGGGAGAACAACGAUUGCAGCAGCUUCAGCUUUGAUCAAAAGUCUGAAAACUAUUCCUAUCGUGAUUUCCAAGGGAGAGGAAGAGGUCGUGGAGGACGACAUUCAACUGGUUUUAGGCCAAAGUCAGCAGACAAAUCCAAAGUGGAGUGUUUUAGAUGCCACAGCAAUCCACAACAAUCCAAAUCGCCACAGGCAGUGUCCAAAGUACAGCAGCAGCUAUGGAACUUGAAGAUCGGCCUCAUCGUGUUCGAUGGAGGCCUGCAUGGAUGA